AAAGGGCUCUCUGGGCGCUGUACCUCUUAUCGCGAGAAAAAAAUUCAAACGGAAGUUGAUGUAGGAGAGCAGGACUUCUCUUCUCGCGAUACUUGCGAGCCUCCAUCUUGCUUCUGCCCCCGACAGGUUCUCCUGUCCGGGUCACUGGGACGCCAAGACCGUUCUGUGGACGCCGGUUGACAAUGCUGUCCCGGGUGGUACUUUCUGCCGCCGCCGCUGCAGCCCCCUCCCUGAAGAACGCAGCCCUCCUCGGUCCGGGGGUACUGCAGGCAACAAGGAUCUUUCACACAGGGCAGCCAAGCCUUGCCCCUGUACCACCUCUUCCUGAACAUGGAGGAAAAGUUCGUUUGGGGCUGAUCCCUGAGGAAUUCUUCCAGUUCCUUUAUCCUAAAACUGGAGUGACAGGACCCUAUGUGCUUGGAACUGGGCUUAUCUUAUAUUUACUUUCCAAAGAGAUAUAUGUGAUAACUCCAGAGACCUUCUCCGCCAUAUCAACAAUAGGUGUACUUGUCUAUAUAGUUAAAAAAUAUGGUGCCUCUAUUGGGGCAUUUGCUGAUAAACUCAAUGAGCAAAAAAUUGCCCAAUUGGAAGAAGUGAAACAGGCUUCCAUCAAACAAAUCCAGGAUGCGAUUGAUCUGGAGAAAUCACAGCAGGCACUGGUUCAAAAGCGCCAUUACCUUUUUGAUGUCCAGAGGAAUAACAUUGCUAUGGCCUUGGAGGUUACUUACCGGGAACGGCUACAUAGAGUAUACAAGGAGAUAAAGAAUCGCCUGGACUAUCACAUCUCUGUACAGAAUAUGAUGCGUCAGAAGGAACAAGAGCACAUGAUAAAAUGGGUGGAGAAGCACGUGGUGCAGAGCAUCUCCGCACAGCAGGAGAAGGAGACAAUUGCCAAGUGCAUUGCAGAUCUAAAGCUGCUCGCAAAGAAGGCUCAAGCACAGCCAGUUCUGUAAUUGCAUCCAGCCCAGUUGAGAUAGCUAGAAACAUUUGACUGACUAAAUGGAAACUAGUCUGUGAGACAAAAUCUUUCUGUAUUGCUAUCUACUGAAGUUAAGUUUAUCUUUCUAAAAGAAAAAAAAUGAAGUUUUUGUUUCAUAUAAUGAGAGAAUUAAAACAGUCUAUUGGCCAAUGAGAUGUUUUUCUCAUCCUUCUUGCUCUGCAUUUUGAAUUGUUCCAUGAACACUUUUGAAUAAGCAGUUUGCAUUUAAUACAAUCUGGUACCUGGCUAAGGAGUUAUCAGGUUAUAGUUUAAAUUUGUAAUUAAUUCAACCAUCUAACAAUAAAGUGACAGUUAAAACAA